AUGUCCAGCUGUUCUGUCGGCAUCUCAAACACAUCCUUAGUAGAACUUGUCUUUCCUGUUAAACCUACUCCUCUUAUUUUCCCUAUUUCUGUUGAAGUUACCACCAUCCUUCCAAUUACCCAGGGGGCGGAGGAUCCCGCUUCUCGGCGGCAGAGGGCGCCUCUGGCUCCCGUGUCCAGCCUGCUGGGGCUGGAGAGAGGAGAGGGAGCGAAAGCUCGAGCGGCUCCUGCCACGUAUUCCUCCCGGCCGCUGCGGCGAGGCUGGAAGCCGAGGUUAGUGGGUCAGAGAAGAGUUUUGGGCUGCCUGGAAUUUCCUGGGUUUUCUGGCUGGUCUUCCCUCAAAAGCCGCGCGCUUGAAAGAGGAGGAGCGGGGCCCAUUUCUGGGGAAGCGGCUCAGGAUGAGGCAGCUCAAAGGCAAGCCCAAGAAGGAGACGUCCAAAGACAAGAAGGAGCGGAAGCAGGCCAUGCAGGAGGCGCGGCAGCAGAUCACCACGGUGGUGCUGCCCACGCUGGCCGUGGUGGUGGUCCUGAUCGUGGUGUUCGUGUACGUGGCCACGCGCCCGGCCACCCCCGAGUGAGCCGGCGCCCCGUCCGGAGGAGCCGGGAGCGGGGGGCGCUUCUGCUGCCCGCGAGCCCCGGCGCCUCCCGCCCUGCGCUGAGUCCGGCCUCUCCGUUCUGUCAUCGGAAACGUCUUCUCGGGGAAUGUGCCACACACCUUACGGUCCGCUUCAUGUGCCUUUCAGACUUAAAAAGGGGGUGUUUCUUUCCGAAACCGGCGUCUGUGCCGCUCCGCCCGGGGAAGGGGGAAAUCUGCCCGCCACAGCUCUGUGUGAAUCAGCUUCCCACCGUCCCGCCAUCCGGAGCGUGAUCGCCACGGCUCUCGUACGCGGCCUUCGCCGCCCCCGAGGGACUGGCCGUCUCUGAGCUUCCUGUGAUUUGAAAUAUAUCCAUUCAAAGGUGAAAUAUUUAUUUUUGGAAUAAAGGAGACUAUAGCCUUAAA